CUCCGGGAAAAAACAAUGGCUACGGUUGGAGGCAUUUCCGGUGAGAAGGAUCAGAACAGCCUAGAUUUCGAAGAUCAUGCUAAGUUUGCCGUCUCCGAGCAGAAUAAGAAAGAGAAUUCCAAUUUGAAGUUUGAGAAAGUGGUGAGUGUGAAGCAGCAGGUGGUCGCUGGGACGAUUCACCAUAUAAUGCUGGAGGCAACUGAUAAGGGUACUAAUCACAAAAAGGUUUAUGAAGCUAAGGUCUGGGAGAAGCCAUGGAUGGACUUCAAGAAAUUGCAAGAUUUCAAAGCCAUUGGUGAAGCCCC